CCCGGUUUGAUAUUGAGAAAGAUGGCUUUAGCAAGGUUUGCAAAAAAUGGACUGAGACGGGGAGGAGCUGGCAUUAGAAGUCAUUCAAAAGAGAUGAAUAUCUUAUGUGAAAAAUCCUCACCAUACAUUAUUACUCCAUUAUCAGAUUUAAAUGGCAGGAUGAAUCUGCCAUCUAGUUUUUGGAGCCGGGGCAUAAGGAUGACCCCAAAGUAUGAUGUGGCUCAAGCAGCAGAAAGGAUUAUGGAGGAAUCGGAUUCAGAAUCCGAAAUCCCAAAGUAUCCUAGUCUUGAAGCAACCAAGCCUGGUGAAAAGCCUAGGGUUGUGGUACUUGGGUCUGGUUGGGCGGCUUGUAGGUUUCUGAAAAGCCUGGACACAAAACUAUACGAUGUUGUUUGCAUAUCUCCUAGGAAUCACAUGGUGUUCACUCCUUUACUUGCUUCAACUUGUGUGGGGACUUUGGAAUUUCGAUCAGUGGUUGAGCCCGUGGUUGGGAUACAAACUGCUUUGGCGAACGAUCCAAACUCAUAUUUUUAUCUUGCAACCUGCAGUGGCAUUGAUACUGAUAAACAUGAACUGUUCUGCGAGAGUGUUGGCGAUGUUGAGGUGUGUGAUGAUAAUAAGCCUUAUCGGUUCAAAGUUGCUUACGACAAACUUGUGAUUGCGGCUGGAUCUGAGCCGUUGACGUUUGGCAUAAAAGGAGUGAAGGAGCACGCUUUUUUUCUAAGGGAAGUGCAUCAUGCUCAAGAGAUUCGGAAGAAGCUUCUCUUAAACCUUAUGCUCUCUCAAAAUCCAGGUAUAUCGGAAGAAGAAAAGGAGCGGAUGCUACAUUGCGUUGUUAUUGGAGGUGGUCCAACAGGGGUGGAAUUUAGCGGGGAAUUGAGCGAUUUUAUCAUGAGAGAUGUUAAAUAUCGAUAUUCUCAUGUUAAAAAUUAUAUCCAUGUCACAUUAAUUGAGGCAAAUGAGAUCCUGUCUUCCUUUGAUGUUCGGCUACGUCAAUAUGCCAUAAAACACUUAAACAAGUGUGGUGUAAGACUUGUGCGAGAGACAGUGAAAGAAGUGCAAGCUGGAAAACUGAUACUUAGUGAUGGAAGUGAAGUUCCAUAUGGUUUAUUGGUUUGGUCCACUGGUGUUGGUCCUUCUGAUUUUGUCAAAUCUCUAGAUGUCCCCAAAUCUCAAGGUGGAAGGAUUGGGAUUGAUGAAUGGUUACGAGUUCCUUCAGUUGAGGACGUGUUUGCAAUUGGGGAUUGUGCAGGCUUCCUCCAAGAAUCUGGGAAGCCCGUUCUUCCUGCUCUGGCACAGGUGGCGGAGAGGGAAGGAAAAUACCUUGUGGAGUUGUUUAACAAGAUGGGGAAGCAAAACGUGGGAUGGGGAAAAGCUUUGAGUGCAAAUAAUAACAUUCCCUUAACGGGAGAGCAGCCUUUUGUGUAUAAGCAUUUGGGAAGCAUGGCAUCUGUUGGCCGUUACAAGGCACUAGUGGAUCUUCGACAAUCCAAGGAUGACAAGGGUGUAUCGAUGGCGGGGUUCUUGAGCUGGUUUAUAUGGCGAUCGGCCUACUUGACGCGUGUGGUCAGUUGGAGGAAUCGGUUUUAUGUAGCUGUUAAUUGGGCAACCACACUUGUCUUUGGCCGAGAUAAUUCAAGGAUAGGAUAAUUAAUUAAUACAUAUAUAUAUAUCUAU